AAGAUGAUAAAGGAAGGAAGAGGCGGACUCUAGUUGCUGCUCUAACUCUCCUCUAGGGAACCGGUCCAGUCAAAGUCAGCAGACAUGAAGGAAGCAGCUGCUCAGCGUCUGAUCUUUCUGAUCUCACUGCUGUUCUGGACAUCAGGUCAAGUCCUCCCAGUUCGUCUGACUGUGAUUCCCAGCAGAUCUCAGUUCUUUGAACAUGAAUCAGUGAUUCUGAUCUGUGAGGAUGAAAACGGAUCUGAUGGAUGGACUGUGAGGAGAAACGCAACCAGAGACACCAGAGCUGAGUGUAAAGGAUGGGGAACACCAGCUGGUUCUACCUGUAACAUGGACUACCUCCUCCCAGGUGAUACUGGUCUGUACUGGUGUGAGUCCAUCAAUGGAUCCUCCAGCAGCAGCAGCAGCAUCCAGCUCUCUGUCUCUGGUGGAUCAGUGAUCCUGCAGAGUCCUGUCCUCCCUGUGAUGGAGGGAGAUGACGUCACUCUGAGCUGCAGAGCAAAGAAUCCAACCCACAACCUCCCAGCUGCUUUCUAUAAAGAUGGCUCCUUCAUUGGUGAUGGACCAUCAGGUCACAUGACCCUCCUCCAUGUUUCCAGCUCUGAUGAAGGCCUCUAUAAAUGUAAUGUCAAAGGUCAUGGAGAGUCUCCGUCCAGCAGGAUCUUUGUCAAAGAGAAACCUCCAACCACCUCUCCACCCUCCACUAUCUCUCCACCUUCCUCCUCCUCCUCUUCCUCAGAGAAACUCACCAACAUCUCUGACUCUACAGUCACACCUGGUCCAGGUUCUUCCUCCGUCUCUCUCCCAGUGUUGCUUCCCAGUGCAUCUCUUUGUGUUUUGGUUUUCCUGUUUUUACUGGUUCAACUGGUCGUAUAUUUGUACAACAACCCUAAGGUGAUGAAGGAGGAAGAGGAGAGGAUGACAUCACUUCCAGAAACAUCAGGAUGUUCCAGAGGAAACAGAAGAAAACCAAACCAGGAACAGGAAAUGAUCAGAGCUUCUGGGACUUUGACUGGACCGUUUGGGUCUGAAAAGACUCCAAAUAAGGAGAGAAAAACGGCUGGUGAUAAAAAUAAUUGAUGUUCAUGUGGUGGGCGGGUUGCAGGCGGCCUGUGAAGGCGGCCAGUGUUUAUUGGUUACUGGUGGAAAUGUGUUGCAGACCGCCAUGUUUUCUGCUUUCACAGCCUUUUCCUUCAGGGCGGUUCUAACCUGUUCAGAACCUUCAGCGCCCCCUGGUGCUGAACAGAGGUAGUGUGGUUGCUGUUAGAGAGUCCAAAGUGUAAAGAAAUAUACAUUUAAUCUCUGUGAUGUUGGAAAUAAUCAGUUAUUGGCCCAAGUUUUCACAUCGGUGCAUUCCUGUUUAAUAGGAUCUAAAACUGCAGCUAAGAAGCAGCUUAGUGACUGAACUGAUCAGACCGAUCAGAAAUCAAUCACUUUUAUCACUGAUUCUGUUUUCUUGUCUGUUUGCUCUUUUCUAACAACCUGUGUUAUAAAACCACAAAUUCAUUUUGGUUUUCUGUCAAAAUGACUGAAUAUUAUUAUCAUUUUAACAUUAUGAUGGUAGAAAAUAUUAUAAAUGUUAAAAUAAUCAGACUGUUACUGUUGGAUUGUUCCUUUAGAGCGCUGUUCUAGUUUGAUAGAAAGGCCUUUAAUAGACCAUUGCAGCGAUGAGGUGAUUAGAGAAACGACUGAUAAAGAAACAAACGUAUUUUAACUAAACUAAGUCAUAUUAGCAUGUAGCAAACUCCCUCCAUUGAAGGACGACAUUUACUGAUCAUUUCUAGGUUUGAUAGAAAUUAAACCCUCUUAGCUUAAAGUAACAUUUAUAAUGUAAAUAACUU